GAGCAUCUUUCAUUCUUGACUCACACGAUGAAUACUAAGUUGACAAACGGGCUUCUUAACCCUUAAGAAGUUUUACCUUUAUGUGUAGCCUAUGGGUUUUUACAGAGCGUUCGUUCGUCACAGUUGCAUUGAGAGUACAAAUUUGUGAAAACUGUCGCGGAAAUUACAAUGUGGCCAAACUAACAUUCAGUUAGGACUGAGAAGAACAAGCGGCACGUGCCUGUCCUCGUCGCACCUGAAGCAUGGGGUCCUUCCGAAAGCCCAGGCCACGUUUCAUGAGCUCGCCUGUGCUGUCAGACCUUGCCCGCUUUCAUGCCAGCUCGCCAACAUUACAGCUGUCCAACGCUAGUGUUUGGAACAGUGUUCAAACGGCUGUAAUUAAAGUCUUCCAAGGUGGGGGGCUGCAGACCAAUGAGCUUUACACCCUGAAUGAAAGCAUACGGUGGCUUUUGAGGACCGAGUUGGGAUCAUUUAUCACAGAGUACUUUCAGGAUCAACUCUUGAAUAAGGGUCUGACGGAUAUUUUGGAGAAGAUUCAGCUUCAUAACGAUGAAAAUCGGCUCCAAGCGCUGUCUGAGAUGUGGGUGAGGUUUUUCACAGAGAUCCUGCCAACUCUUCAAGCUAUUUUCUACCCCGUGCAGGGUCAGGAGUUGACUGUGAGGCAAAUGGCUCUGCUAGGCUUCAGGAACAUGGUUCUGUUGAAGCUUCCUCUGGAGAACAUGUUUCAGGGCUCCUCAUACCCUCCUCCAAUCACACAGAUGCUGCUGAUCCUGCAGGGCAUUCAUGAGCCUAACGGACCUACACGAGAGUAUUUCCGGCUGGAGAGACUGGUGGACAUGGUUGUUUCUCCUUACCUGAGUAACUACCUCUACACGAGCCCUAGCGAUUCCUCUUCAGAGGAUCAUCUGGAAGGCUUGAGACUGGUUAACACCCCACACCCCGCUCAACCCGAGAUUAUGGUGACACACUUUGCCCACGAGUCCUUCCUGGCACCUCUAAUCGAACACGAAGGUGAAGCCUAUUUGGAAAGGACCGGCGGCGUCCGACGCCACACUGUCGCCAAUGUGCAUUCGGACAUCCAGCUCCUGUCCAUGAAAAACAGGAUGUGUUCAGAAAAAGUCAAGGUCAGGACGAGCAAGAGCAAAAAGACACCUAAGAGUUUCUACAGCGAAUCGGCCUUUUUUGACUCCCGGCCAGGUGGCGUGGAAAUCCUUCGAGGGCAAAGCACUGCAGAGAUGAAGUGUGGCUUAACUAGUUAGAAAGCUCUCUCUCUC